CUUCGUGCUUACCGUGCUUGAUCCUUCUCGUGAUUUUCGUCCCCUAAUGCUUGCGACCACUUAGUGAAAGUCACCAUACGCUGUCAUUCCCCUCCCUUCCCUUCACCAACUCCCACAAGCCGUUCGCCCUUUCCAUAACACCUCGACCGCGCUUUCUCAACAUUCAGCCGAAUACUUAUCAUAUUCAACCGCACGAAAAGACGAUGUCAGUGCACGAUCCAUUCCCGGAUUUCGUUCCUGCACUUCCAACUCCCUCCACACCUGUCAUCACGAAUGAAAUUCUUCACCGCACCUUCAUCCCAACAGCAUCUGACGUGCCAAGGCACGAGGCUCCAUUCAAUACUCCAUCUAUCCAACACCAAACACGGCCGAAACUAACGACUAUGCUCAGAGCGUACGCCGGCCUAUCCAUCGCCGUUCUUACAUGCAUGCUCGGUCUCGCCACCGCCAUCGAGGAUUCUACCUGUCUUCCACAGCUCACUGAGCUCGGUAACGGGCUCAUUGGCCUUGUCUGUGCGGGUGGGAUCGUGAUGGGCGUCGUAAUUCUGGACCAUGUUUCUGAUGCAGUCGAUACGGGCAUCGAGGCCGCUUGGGGGGAAGUAUGGCGGCGGAUCAAGGAUUGCGUCGCAGGUGGAAGAGGGGAGCAUGAAGGAAAUGAGAUGGAGGAGGUGAUGAUGUUCAAUGAGGAGGGGAACACGGUCUUCCUGCAUGAGUCGCCCCCGGGGACGCCGAAGGAGGAGAUACAGGGAGUUGCGGAGCCCGUCACGCCUCGGGAUUCGUUUGAGCCUUGCGAGGAGGGGGGGAAUGGAACGCUGGGCCUGUUGGCUUUCACCUUACCCCCUCUACCGCAGACAAGGGCAAUGAACUCGCCGCCUUCGCCGCCGAGGCAGGAGUUUGCGUACACGUCUAGCUCCUCACAAUCGCCCUUCUAUCAUCCAGUUCCUCACCAGCGAGUAGGUCAUGGCAUACCAGGCUUCUUGCACUCCCAGACCUACGCAGACGAAAACCACACUUCCGGGCUUCUGGGUCCUUCACCAAUGCCACAGCGUCGCACCGACCCCGGGUGGCAGCACUUCACCGGCCGGGGGUUUGACAGACACCGUCAAAAGCUCGAGGCUGUGAGUGAGUGGUCGCAUCCGGGCACGCGGGCCCGAAAGUUUGACGACAUCUUGGAGGAGAUCGAGGAGAUGGCCGGUCAGGAGCCGAGGGAGAUAUUGGUGACAUAAUUGCAUCGUGGGAUUUGUAAAAGCAGAGACAGGAUCAAUGCAGAGGGCGAGGUUUGCUGGGAGCUGGACCGCCAGGUGUGAUCUUGAGAGGGGUGUCAGGAGUCCAA